AAGUGGCAGCCAGCCAAAAGCGCUGCAUCAGCCUUCCAAACUAAACUGAACUAAUACUCUCUCCGCAUGUUCUCCAGUCGAACGAGCAGAGUUUGGUGUUGCUCUCGUUAUCCAUUUUCAGGAUUUUGAAAACCAAAAACACUUUUGAAUGGAUGUGAAUUGAAAUUAAUUUAUGUACCUCUUUGAGUGAAAACAAAAAAUAUGCAGAAUUUGGCUCUCAGUAAACCAUUCGUUUCAAGAGGGAAAUUUCCCUUGUUAGUCCUUGCUGAUUCAUUGCCAUAUGGUGGUAACUCAUCUAGAAACCCCCUGUCACGUUCAUUAAGAUGUAGAGAAAUAUCAAGAUUGAAGUCUUCACGGGGCAACGUCAAAGCCCAAGCAUCUAAUGUUGGUAUUGGAUCUGGGGGCUAUGAAGGCAGAAAGGAAAAUGACGAUGAAAAGAUCUUUGUCAGUCGUCCACCCAGUGAAGGUUCAUCUGAAAAUCAAAAGCCUCCAGGUCGAAUUCCAUAUCCUCUCUCUAUUGCUAUUGUGCUGUUUGGGUGCACUUUAGUAUUUUCAUUGAUUGCCUUUGCCAAAGGAGGACCAAUAUCACUUCUAGCUGCAAUCGCAAAGUCAGGGUUUACUGCAGCAUUCUCAUUAAUAUUUGUUUCUGAAAUUGGGGACAAGACAUUUUUUAUUGCUGCACUCUUGGCUAUGCAAUAUGAGAAAGGAUUGGUUCUUCUGGGAUCAAUGGCUGCUCUUGCUCUAAUGUCAAUUCUGUCAGUUAUAAUAGGAAUAAUAUUUCAUUCGGUACCCGCUCAAUUCCAGACCACCUUGCCAAUUGGAGAAUAUGCAGCAGUAACUCUACUGAUGUUUUUUGGCCUCAAAUCAAUAAAAGACGCAUGGGACCUUCCUUCAAAUGUAGCUAAGAGUGGUGACAAAAGUGGCCCUGAACUGGAUGAAUUUGUUGAAGCUGAAGAACUUGUGAAACGGAAGGUUUCAAAACGGCUUUCCAAUCCACUGGAGGUAAUCUGGGAGUCAUUCAGCCUGGUGUUUUUUGCUGAAUGGGGGGAUCGCUCUAUGCUUGCAACAAUUGCUCUCGGUGCAGCACAGUCACCUUGGGGUGUAGCUAGUGGAGCAAUUGGUGGACAUUUACUUGCAACAUCUAUUGCAGUUAUGGGGGGAGCUUUUCUUGCCAACUACAUUUCUGAAAAACUGGUUGGGUACUCUGGUGGAGUGCUGUUUCUUGUUUUUGCUGUGGCCACAUUUUUUGGGGUUUUCUAGUUUGUUAUAGGGAAUGGUUACUAGAAAAAGAGGUGAAGGAGCUUGGAAUCAAGAGUAUAUCUGUAUUUGAAAAGCAAAAGUAAAAAGAGAGAUGUAGAAUUGUGCAGCCAUUUUUUCAUGUCUUGACAAUGAAGACUACAUGAUGGUUUCAAGCUAUGGAUUUGUAUGUGCAAGAGAAUGCAAAGUUGGUCUAUCUUUUUAUAUUUCAGAAGAGUAUAAUUUUAUUAUAAAUGUAUUUAUAUUCAUUUAAAUAGAGCAAUGAACUAGUUUCUUGAUUCA